AUGAAAUCGCUAGAUAUUUUUGGCAGCUAAAUUCUUUUUAGAUUUAACAGAGAGUCAGCUCACUAUACUCGUUUUGGAUCAAUUUUCACUAUAGCUAUAGUAUCCAUAGUAGCGCUGCGUCUUAUUUUAAUUAUAUCCUCAGUUGUUUAAAGAACCAAUCCCGUUGUCAUUUACUAAGAGCGAUAAGUUGAUAGCCCAAAGUUAUUUACAAUAAAUUAAAACACUUUCUAAAUGGCAUUUGGUAUGCAAGAUUCUAAUUUUAAUUAAUUUAUCGAUGAACAAGUUUAUAACAUCACCGUCACAAAUAUACAUAAAACUACUAAGGUGGAUCCUACUACUGGUAAGCCUACUGAAAAUUAUAUAACAACUUAAGUACCAAUUACAAGAUGCUCUUUAGAUAAUUUUCCAGAUUAAGAUAAUCUACAUUACUAUUAAUAAAUAGACUAUACUAAUAUGUAUUGUUUUCCUCUAGAUUUCGAUUUAUCAAUAGAAGGAGAUUUCAAUGCUGAGAAUUUCUAAUAUAUUUACAUUAAUAUUUAAAAGUGCUCAUAAAACUGCAAACCCGACGAUUAUAUAUAGAAUAAAUUAGGUUAUUCUUUUUUCUCAAUGUAAUUUUCUGAUAUAAUUGUUGAUCCUACUCAAAAAACAAAUCCUUUUAAACAUUAUUCUAGAGAUACUUUUUUCUCAACUAGCUUAUAAAUGCCCAAAGAAGUCUAUUUCUAAAUGAGAAAUAACUAUGUUUAAAGUGACUAUGGUUGGAUAACUUCAGAUAUAGAGACUGUUAAUUUUCCAUCAUUCAGUUAUACCGAAUAAAAUGUAAGAAAAUGA